AUGCUGCGGCGGACGUUGCCUCUUCCUCGGGUUACGCGCUCGUGGACGAGUUCCUCCAUCGCCGCAUCGUCGGCUCACUUUCCCGAUGCCGUGAGAGCCGAUCCUGCCGCGCGACGCGACGCCACGUCCACCGCGAAGGAGGUUCGCUCGUGGACACUUGAUGAACUGCCGGUCGGUGUCACCCGCAGGGUGCCAAAGCACGUUGAAUGGAUGACACGCAAAGUAAAGUUGUGGGCUCAGUUGGUGCGUGCUGACAAGCCUGUGGGUACACUGCUUUUGCUCCUGCCAUGCUAUUGGGGCAGUAGCCUCGCCGUGACGAAGGCACUUGUGUGGGAAGGAGCAGACCCAGUAGUUCUCUUCGCCCCAUUCAUCCCAGUGCACCUGGCGGUUCUGUUUGCUGCUGGGGCUUUCCUGAUGCGUAGCGCUGGUUGUAUUAUAAAUGACAUGUGGGACAGAAAGUUCGAUUCUAUGGUGGAGCGUACCAAAACCCGGCCGUUAGCGUCCGGGGCGAUAAAGAUGCCAGAGGCAUCGGCUAUUCUCAUUACAAAUCUCAGCCUAGCGCUUGUGAUCGCCAUGAAUCUGUCUCCCGUGGCGCUUUUGGCCGCCGUGUCAAUAACACCCUUAGUAGUAAUCUAUCCAUUCAUGAAGCGCAUCACGUAUAUGCCUCAGCUGUUCCUGGGGUUGUGCUUCAACUGGGGCAUAUUUGUUGGCUAUGCGGCGGUGUUGAACCGUGUGGAUCUUGCUGUUACACUUCCAAUCUACUUCGCUUCUGUGGUGUGGACUAUUCUAUAUGACACAAUCUAUGCAUAUCAGGACCGAGCCGAUGACCUCAAGUGUGGUGUGAAGAGCUCAGCUAUCCUGAUUGGUGACCGCAAGCACAUCCUCAUGGCAAUGAUUUUCCCCGUGGGUCUUGGAGUGCUUGUCUCUGGAUUGAUGGUAUCGCAGUCACUCCCCUUCUAUGUUGCCGUAUUAGGAUGUGUCUGGUACCUGCAAGGCAUUGUGGAUGAUGUCAACAUAUACGAUGGGUGGUCGUGUGCUAUGGGGUUCCGUAGAAAUGUGCGGUUUGCAUUCUUUGUCAUUUUGGCAAUGUGCCUCGGGAAUGUGUUUUGGGCCCUGGCCUCAGAACAUCAGCCAGAAAAAGAUGCCGCUAAUAAUGCUGUACCGGAGAAAUCAGCCUUGAUGAAGUUCCUGCUGCUCAACAAUGAGGCAGAGUCAAUGGCGUACAACGUGCAGGAUGUCCGCUGGGUGGAUCGUUUUGCACAUCCGGCAUAUGUGGUGGCUCAGCAGGCGCAGCACGAUUCUGCAGAGCAGCCAUUGGUGGUGCCUGCGUGGAUGCGCCGCGAGUACCUUGGCGAGAACUUGGGCACCGUCAUGCGCUUCCUUGGCGUAGAAGAGGAGGUCAUUCAAGCGUGGCAGAAGUGGUGGUAUGAGCAGCUCGAUCACUAUAACAUGUUCUCCAAGAUUGCUAUUUGA